AUGUCCCAGCGAGCAGAUGCCUCCCAGUGUGGCGGGGUUGUGGUCGAGUUUGAGUCUGACGAUGUCAGGGAUGCAAGAUCUAAAAAAGCUAGGAGUAUACCAGGUUCAGCUCUUAUCUACCUCAAGGGUCCCAAGUUUCUCAUCUAUGUCAGUGGAGCAUUGUCAAUGUGGGGUGACCGCAUGUGGCACUUUGCAAUCUCUGUGUUCCUGAUUGAGCUGUACGGCCGUAACCUGCUGUUGACUGCUGUGUUUGGAUUGGUAGUGGCUGGGUCAGUGCUCCUACUUGGGGCUUUGAUUGGAGACUGGGUAGAUCGCAAUCCCAGGAAUAAAGUUGCACAUGCAUCUCUUUUCAUUCAGAACAUCUCAGUGACAGUAUGUAGCAUUGUGCUCAUGUUGGUGUUCUUAUAUAAGCAAAGGAUUGAACAGAUCUGGGAUGGAUGGCUUACUGUGGUUUGUUAUACGGUGGUGAUCAUCCUGGCAGAUGUGGCAAACCUUGCAAGCACCGCACUGACCAUUGCCAUUCAGAGGGACUGGAUUGUGGUUAUCACAGGCUACAACCGAGGUCACCUAGCUGGAAUGAAUGCGACCAUGAGGCGGAUAGAUCAGGUGACUAACAUCCUGGCCCCACUAGCAGUGGGACAGGUCAUGACCCUGGCCUCCAAUGUAGUUGGCUGUGGCUUCAUCCUGGGCUGGAACCUUGUCUCUCUUAUUGUGGAGUUCUUCUUUCUGUCGCGGGUGUAUCGCAUUGUCCCUGCUCUUUCAAUUAAACCACCAGUGGAGGAAGAGGAUCAAGAGUAUCUGGAGGGCAGAAGGUUACAAGGUAAGGACCGAUCAGUGCUUUAAAGAUUUCUAAGCUCUGCUCCUCUGCCUCUGACAGAAGGUAACUGCAACACAAGCCUGAACCUCAAAGAAAUCACCAACCUGCCGCUGUGUUUCCGGAGGUUUCGCUGGCUGGUGAGCACCUGUAAGGACGGCUGGAGAGCCUACUAUCGCCAGCCUGUCUUCCUGGCAGGAAUGGGUCUGGCUUUCCUCUACACCACAGUCCUAGGCUUCGACUGCAUCACAACAGGCUAUGCCUAUACUCAGGGCAUAAGCGGAUCUCUCCUUAGUCUACUGAUGGGUGUAUCAGCUAUAACAGGGCUGAUGGGAACCGUGAUGUUCACCAGACUAAGGAAGACCUAUGGCCUGGUUAAUACAGGCAUAAUCUCAAGCUGCCUCCACCUGGGCUGCUUGCUGCUGUGCGUGUGUUCUGUGUUCGCCCCUGGCAGCCCUAUGGAUCUUAGCUUGCUGAUGCCUGAUGUUACCUCCAACUCCUCCACUGAGCUUGGAGGGCUGGCAAGCCAAAGGCAAAAACACACUUAUCCUCUGAGGGGAGGCACCAAUCAGCCACUGCUACCUGAUCGCUCCUCCAUCCACUGGACCAACAACACUGUGCUUUUUGACAAUGUGCCCUCCGGUACAGCACCAGAAUCUUACAUCUCCAUUAUCCUGCUGUUCUUGGGUGUUAUCACAGCGCGUAUUGGUCUAUGGUCCUUCGACCUGACAGUGACCCAGCUCCUGCAGGAGAACAUCUGCGAGUCUGAGCGGGGCGUGGUGAACGGGGUGCAGAGCUCAAUGAAUUACCUGAUGGAUCUGCUUCACUUCAUCAUGGUGAUAUCCGCGCCACAGCCACAGCACUUUGGCAUCCUAGUUAUCAUUUCUGUAUUAUUUAUCACCACUGGGCACACCAUGUACUUCCUGUAUGCACACAAAGCCAAGAGAAAACGCAGCCUCGACACAUAAGGAGCAGACAUUGCCCACACAUCCAGGCAUGAGAUGCUAAACCAGCACUGAUUCCACUCUGCACCUGUGAAAUGAAUGUCUCCCUCCUGUUCCUUCAGCAAUCGUAUUGCAACACUCCACUCCCUACUUAGCCAUUCAUUUCAGCACAACACAGCGAGUGCCUGUCCCACCUAGGUUGCUUUCUUCCUGCAGGGCCAUGUGCCAUAGCAGCAAACAAGAACUCAGGUGAAAUAGAGUGGGAGACACGCUCUCCCGUCGUGUACAUAAGUUGAGGUGGCUACAAUAAAUGCAGCAAUGGCACCUCCAGGGGAAUUGUCCUACUCUACCAUACUACAGGACAUGAGGCACCAGCACAUGCCUUUGCAAACCCUGUAGGAUUACUGCAAGACUUUCAUCAAACAAGCCUG